UCCUGUAAGAGCAACAUAAAAUAUACAUUAGGAAGGGAGGGGGGUUGUGUUCCUCUACUACUUCUUCUACCACUUCCUCUAAUUUCUUCAUAACCUCCUCAUGAUGCCCAUCCAAUUGCUAUUUCAAGGAGUUGAUUUCUUUUUUUUGUUGUUCGAUCAAUUUAUCACUAAGGACUUUUUAUACCCAUUAUCUUAUUAGUUUUAUCAUCCGAAGUCCAUUGAAAGUGACUGUAGGACUUGAUCAUAGCUGAGUAGGGAGACAUACCUCAUUUACCCAUUUAUAAUCAUUCGAAGGAACUUGUUCCUUUCUCUUUGAACCAAAGUCAGUAGGUGGUUUUGGUGGAGGAAUUGAGAUGUUUUCUUGGGUUGGCCUGCUGUUCUUGUGAGAGGAACAUAAGGUGAAGUGGUGGUAUAAAGUGGAGGAAGAAAUGGAGGUUAGGGUGGUAGAGUAUCACAUGUAGAGGAGAAAGGGUUAGGCUCUUUUAUGACAACCUUCAUAUGUUCAUAAUUGGAAGGAACAAUUAAUUACCUUAAACAUAAUUGAACAAGAAAAAACACAAAUAAAGUUAGAAAGAUAAAAUCUAACUAAUAACCUGAAGGAUUGCGUCAAUAAUAGUAAUACUCCAGCAAGUUUCAUCGUUGAUAUUAGCCGCCCAAUUUUUUUCAUUAUUCAGCAGAUGAGAUUUUUAGAAUUUAGGAAUAUUAAGAUGGGAACAAGAGAGAGAAAAUUGAAAGAAUUCCCCAAAUAUGAAGAGUAAUUUGAGAAUUACGUCAAACCUUAAGAAUUACGUAGCGAAAUUUCAGAAAAAAAAAAAAAAAAAACAAAAUCUACUUAAGGAGUCAAAUAAAUCGGUGAAAACUUUGUGAGUUCAUUUUUUAAGAUACCACAAGACAAUAUCUCGGACGCGUGAGCUAAUUCCUGCCUUCCAUAUCUAUUAUCUUCGUUCAUACUCAAAACUCAAAAGUCAAAACAGUGAAAGAAAUUGAACGCAACUCGCAAAAGUUGCUGAUUGGAAUUUCUUCAAGUGUGCAAGCUUCAUGUAAUAUUCUCUCAUGCAAGCAAAGCUGCAAAGGGAAUCCAAUAUGUCGAUUAACUUGGCAAAGAAAAAGAGCAUAUUUCAUGAGGCAUUUGGUUCAUUUAGAAACAUAUGGAAGACAUGCAGUAUCCCGAAACUAGAGGAAGAUAGGAUGCGAAGUGGCAAGUACAUGAUUUUCAAAGGCAGCAUAGAAAACUUUAUAGAGAAUGGAGCAUUGGCAUUAGAGGAAAGCAUAUCGUUGUUUCAUGGUAAGACGAACCCCAUUCGCCACUUCUCAGUAGAUGAGCUCAACACUAUGAAUUUGGAACUACACACUAUGUCCUUUAAGGAAUCAGAUGUUAAGUGGUAUAAAGGUUUCUGGGAUGAAAGAUCUGUGUUGGUAAAGGAGCAAUCUGAAAAAUGUGAUCCUAAUCUUACAUCUGGAACUUUUCGUGAAAUUAUGGUUGCUGCACAAAUGAGCACUCAUAAGAAUGUGCACAAGCUUCUCGGAUGUUGUCUGGAGACCAAAUAUACAGUCCUUGUUUUUGAGUGGGUAGAAAAUGUUAAUGUCAAUGACCUAGUAUUCAGAAAUAAGAAUGAAGAUAAUUCACCACUUGAUUGGAGGGAGAGAAUAAGAAUUGCAUGGGAGAUCUCUCAUGCUAUGGCCUAUCUGCACACCGCUUUUCACCGGCCUAUAAUUCUUAGGAGCUUAAAGCCUCAAAAUGUGUACUUAGGCGAGGAUAAUUCUGCUAAAUUGUCAGACUUCAGUCUUGCUAUUUCUGUUCCUGAGGGUAAAAAAUAUGUGGAAGAUAUUGUAGUAGGGACUUGCGGUUAUGCUGCACCUGAAUACGUUUUUUCUGGCAUGGUGGCAGAGAGUGCAGAUGUGUAUGCAUUUGGCGUAUUUUUUCUUGUGAUCUUGACAGGAAAAGAUGCUGUGUUUAGACCCAUCAAGCCACGAAAGGACAGUGAUGUGGUGAGUCAUUUGGUUGAUUGGGUUGAGAAUGGUCUUGGAUACAAGUGUAUUACAGAGAUUAUUGACCCUGCAAUCACUGGAAAUAAACUGACAUUAAAUGAAGAACUCAAACAGACACUAAGAGCAUCAAUAGAGCUUGCACUCCGUUGCACAGCAACAGAAGAAGAUACUAGGCCGACUAUGGUAAAUGUGGCAACCGAGCUCAAGAGCAUGAUAAGGUCCUCAGAAUCUAUCCCUGAGAGUAACAAUUGACACUGAAAUAUAAGGGACAUGAGAGUUUUUUUUACCUUCCGUCACAAUAGGGGCUAUGAGUAUGAUAAAAUGUUAGAGAUGAACAAAGUUCCUAUACCACAUUCAGGUGUGUUUUUUUGCUUCUCCUUUUUUCAUUGCAUCAAUAGUGCAAUACCAUGAUAUGGGCAUUAACUUACCAUCAUUACAGCUUUGUUUGGUUAGAAGGAAAAUAUUUUCAACAAAAACUGAUUUUCCAAGGCAAAAAAAAAAAAUCUAGAUUAGUUGUCUUUGUUUGGUUUCGGCAAGAAAAGUUAGAGGGGAAAAAACGGAAAUGAAGAGGAGAUGGAUGGGAAGAGAGAAAGAAAAAGGUAAGGUAUAAGGGGGAAAAUGUAUUAUUACUUCUCUUAAAAAUGGAUGUUUUCCAUCCUUAAGAGAAUUUUCCACCCCUUGGCAAAAUAUAUUAUCUAUCCCUUUCAAACCACAUUUAGAAAUGUAGGACACCAUAUUUCCUAGAAAAAGUUUUCCUUUCUACCAUGGACUCUGUAUUCAGACACAUGUAGACUCAUCUUGUACUUGCCUAAGUAUAUAUAUUUAUCAUACAGACAAUUAAAGAAAUUUGCAUUGAAACUCAAUGGCUCAAUGAUAACCUAAGUUGCACAUAGACGGAUACGAUAAGGGUGCGGAUUCGGGUACGGGGACAUAAAACGGUAAGAUUUUGAAAUUUUAGGAAUGGGUACGGAUACGGUACGAAUACAUGACCUAGAAGAAGUAUCCAUGCUACAUAGAUGAUAACUAUCUUGAGCCAUGUACUUCUUGUCUUUUUUGUUUUCCAUACUAUAGACAAACUUGCAAAAUAUUGGGUUUCUGUAUUCAUUUAUACAUAAGAGCAUUCAUUAUCAGGUGAAAUAUCAGCUGCAUUUGUGUCAAAUGUAUAUCUAUACAAAUAUAUUAAAAGGCGUGCGAAAACAAGAAACUGUGCCACGUGGCGCUCUCCCUAGGGAGUUUUAGUUCAUGUAAUCCAUGUACAAUAAAAAAAAAUUAAGAAAUUGCAUAGUAUAGAGUUUGAUGCCGAGACCUCAAGUACAUAUACUAAAAUUUUAACCACUAGGCUAGGUUGUAUAUAGUGUUAUUAUCAUAAAAUAUUAUAUUAAUAAAUGAAAUUUUUUCUUACCUGGGGCAUAGCCCGGGCCCAAUAACUAGUUUAUUCUAAAUGUUGUACAAGCUAAUGUAGAGCUAACACACUAGUGGAGGAAAUACUACCGUUCAUGGAAGUCUUGUUGCUUACUGUAGGGAUUAUGAAUAUAAUAAAUAGCAAUCAUAUGAAAAAAUUUCUUAGAACUCUGCAGAACUAUGAACACAAGAGCAAUCAAAUGUUGUAGAAGAUGAGCAGAUUGAGGAUGAAGUUAAGCCUGCCUCUGAUGCAUCAUCUGGCGUUGUCGGAUAUAGAAGCUGAAGCCUGAUUCUGAAGAUAAACCGGUAGAGCUGAAGCAUAAGCUUGCUACUAUUGAGGAAACCAUGCCGCCUUCAUUGGGAUAUGUGGUGGAUCUUCCUGACAAUUUUCCCCAUCGAGGCAAAUUUAAGGAUUUGCAUUUUAACAGCCCGAAUUCAACUUUAAUAUGUUUGUAGCUCAGUUGUGCAUUUGAGUUUUUAGUUAUAAAUCAAGAGGCGUUGCCUUUCAUAAAAUCUUGGUAAUGAAAUAGUGUUCGAUGAACCUUAAUGAUUGUACACUCUGCUAGUGUAGCUGCAAUCACCUUUAUCAAGUUAAUAUAUCAUCCAACAUUCCAACCUCA